CCAUCCUAUUCGACGAGAUGUCCUCCAUGCAUGUGUUACAUGGUAUCGAGAUUCCUUACGGCGUGGUACUGCUAGUACCAAAGGAAGGGGUGAAGUCAAUGGCUCCAAUCGUAAAAUUCGACCCCAGAAAGGCACAGGACGAGCCAGAUUGGGAGAUCGCGGAAUCCAAACGUUUGGCAAGAAAAAGGCUAACCGCUACGGCUGUUGCACACGCCAAAGAAGGUCGUGGGUUAAUCCGUAUCAAUGGACAACCACUCCAUCUCGUCCAACCGCCCACCUUGCGCUACAAGAUCUACGAACCAAUUCUGAUGCUUGGAGAAGAAAACUUCUCUGCCAUUGAUAUCCGCGUUCGUGUUUCUGGUGGUGGACAUACAUCCCAGAUCUACGCUAUUCGACAAGCUAUCGGAAAGGCUGCCGUUGCUUAUUGGAUGAAAUAUUAUGAUGCUAGCCAUGCUUUGAGCCUGAAGAAGAGUCUGGUCGACUACGAUCGUAGCCUCGUAAUUGCUGAUCCUCGACGAAUGGAACCGAAGAAGUUUGGUGGUGGAGUUACCGAUGAAAGGCCUUUGGACUUCUCUGGUGUUCAGCUUUACCCUUCUAAUCCGACUAUCAGCAUGCCGCUUUCAACGGAAGAGUAUAACAAUCUAUCUACGGAGGAACGGGAGGCGUACGAUGCAGCGGAACGUCAAAGAGAAAAGGAGGAGCAAGCCACUUUGCCUUACUCUUGGGCUCAACAAUUGGGAGACGUAGAUAUUGUGGUUCCUGUCCCCGCCGGCACCCGCGCUCGGGAUCUAGCCGUAACGAUAAGCAAGAAGAAGUUAUCAGUUGGUCUUAAAGGAAAAGAGCCCAUCAUGGCUGGUGAUCUUUGCCAGGACAUCAAGGACAAUAAGCAAGUUCACGUUCAACUCGAGAAAGUAAAUAAGCAACAGUGGUGGGCGAAUGUGUUGACCCACCACCCAAAAAUCGAUACGACAAAGAUUACCCCGGAGAAUAGAAAGCUCAGCGACUUGGAUGGGCAGUGGUAUGGUCGAGAAAAUGAUGGUAAGCAACUCAUCCACCCUAUGUAUCGACUAUCAACUGAAUUUCUUUCCCAGUUUGAUAACCAGCAAAAGCAAAUGGGCAAGCCCACAUCAGAUGAGCUCAAGAAGAUGGAG